UGGGUUUUGUUGCUAUACAACCACUCUUUUUCAGUUGGAUACGCAAUUAUAGUGAUCUUUUCUGUGCUGCAUUUUAUUCUGGUGCGAGUGUUGUAUUGGUAUGUUCCCGAACCGUAUAUGGAUGAAAUAUUUCAUGUGAACCAGACAAGACGAUAUUGUGAGGGCGACUAUAGGUAUAUAAUUGACUCAGUUAUUUCUUCAUCAUGUUUAAGUCAGCAUUUAGGCCCUAGUGAUAGACCUCAGUUUGGAGUUCUCUUCGAAUGCGGUUGUGAUGGAUUUUACGAGAAGUACACUGUAGAGUUGAUACAAGAAACGAGCAGUGUUAUUGCACAAGGGUCGUACAUUGACUACGCAUUGCAAUCACAAAUGCUUUAUUGGAAGGUAACUCAUGUUUAUGCAACUGAAUGGAUAUUUUGGAAUGAAAAGAUCACAACACCACCAGCAUUAUAUGUAUUAACCAUGCUGGGUGGAUUGUGUGAGCGCGAACGUUAUAUCAAUUCAUUGUUAUGGCCGGUCGGAGUUAUUGGAGCGAUACGUUUCAGACGUUUUUUCAGCGAUAAGUUGCUUGUCGCGUCAUCGAUUCUUGUCAUGCAUCUGUCAGUUCUUUAUCAAACAUCACUACUUUUCUACACAGAUCUUUUCUCGUUAACACUCCUCUUGUGGGCCUUCUCAUUCGAAAAUAUGUGCGCAUCUUCCAUCGCGUUUCUACUCGCCAUAUUAACACGUCAAACUAAUAUUGUUUGGGCAGCUAGCUUUGGCGUUUAUCACUUAUUGAAGCGAUUAGAUACACGCUCAGCAAAAACUAUUUCAACAUCUUUGUUACGAUCCAUAGUUGGUUUAUUGCCGCUGCUCAGCGUGGGUGUUGGUUUUGUGGCGUUCUUCAUACUGAACGAUUUCAACAUUGUGCUCGGGGAUCAUUCGGCUCAUCGUCCUGUGGCACAUUUCAUGCAACUCUACUACUUGAUUACAUUUAUGUGCUUCUUUGCCGCACCUUAUAUAUUCUUCUCGAAUCACCUUUUGCAAGCCAUUCGUGACGUUUUCUUGAACAAACCAUCACGUUAUCUAUUUUACUGCAUAUGCAUAGCUUUAUCUGUUCAUACGUUUACUUAUGAGCAUGAUUAUCUGCUGGCUGAUAAUCGUCAUUUUACGUUCUACAUUUGGCGUCGAUGGUUUCGUCGACACGCACUUUGCAGAUACCUUUUAAUACCGAUCUAUCUAAUUUGCGCCAAAACGAUUGUUCACUCGAUUGCGCAUAUUUCACGUUUAUUGACUUUAUUAUUUGUCGUUUGUGUUGUUCUUGUUUUAGUGCCUGCUCAUUUGUUAGAGCCGCGUUAUUUUAUUGUACCGUUCGUUUUAUGGAGACUUAGCGUUAGAGAGACGAGAUUAUGGGUUGUACUUAUUGAGAUUCUUUACCAACUGAUCAUCAACGCUUUGGUUUUGUAUCUCUUUAUCAGUAAGCCGUUCAAAUGGCCCAGUGAACCAGAUAAUCAACAGCACUUCAUGUGGUAG